AUGUCGACGCUGGCCCCCCUGCGUCUGCUGCGCGAGCCCUCGAAUGCCAGCGAGGGCAACCAGAGCAAUGCCACGGUUGGGGCCAGCGGUGGCUGGUGCCAGGGGCUGGACAUUCCCAACGAGCUGUUCCUGGCGCUGGGGCUAGUGAGCCUGGUGGAGAACCUGCUGGUGGUGGCCGCCAUCCUGAAGAACAGGAACCUGCACUCGCCCACCUACUACUUCAUCUGCUGCCUGGCGGUGUCGGACAUGCUGGUGAGCAUCAGCAACCUGGCGGAGAUGCUCUUCAUGCUGCUGCUGGAGCACGGGGUGCUGGUGAUGCGCCCCAGCAUCGUGCGCCACAUGGACAGCGUCAUCGACAUGCUCAUCUGCAGCUCCGUCGUGUCUUCCCUCUCCUUCCUGGGGGUCAUUGCUGUUGACCGCUACAUCACCAUCUUCUAUGCCCUGCGCUACCACAGCAUCAUGACGCUGCAGCGGGCCGUGGUCACCAUGGCCAGCGUCUGGCUGGCCAGCACCGUCUCCAGCACCGUUUUGAUCACCUACUUCCGCAGCAACACCAUCCUCCUCUGCCUCAUCGGCUUCUUCCUCUUCAUGCUGGUCCUCAUGCUGGUGCUCUACAUCCACAUGUUCGCCCUGGCCCGCCACCACCUCCACAGCAUCUCCAGCCAGCAGAAGCCACCCACUGCCCACCGUGGUGGCAGCCUGAAGGGUGCCGUCACCCUCACCAUCCUCCUGGGCGUCUUCUUUAUCUGCUGGGGGCCCUUCUUCUUCCACCUCAUCCUCAUCGUCACCUGUCCCACCAACCCCUUCUGCACCUGCUUCUUCAGCUACUUCAACCUCUUCCUCAUCCUCAUCAUCUGUAACUCGGUGAUUGACCCCCUCAUCUACGCCUUCAGGAGCCAGGAGCUCCGGCGGACGCUGCGGGAGGUGGUGACGUGCUCCUUGACGCUCUGGCUGGCAUCGGGCAGCCCCGGGGAGCCCCGGGGGGAGAGGUCUCCCCCGGUCUCGCCGGUCGGUCGAGGGCCACCUGCUCCCGGUGGGAACCGGGAAGGACCGGCUGGGCGGCGGGAGGCUGGACCCCACGCGGGACAAAGGGCCCAUCACCGCCGCCUUUGUUCUCGGGCCGCGCCCGCCGCCGCCCACCUCGUCACUGGCACCGGCACUGUCCCCGGUCCCGCGGGGGCCACCGGGGCGACCGGGACCCCCAGAGCGGCUCUCCCGCACCCUGUCCCUAUCCCUCCCCGUUCCGGGACGCGGUCGGGAGGGGCGUCCCGCGUGUGUCCCCCCGCCCCGCCGCCGCCGCCGCCGCCGCCCCGGGAUGCUCCCGCCGACGCGGGGUGGUCCCAGUGUCCCCGCGCGGGUCCCGGGGUGUCCCCGCUCCCGGUGGGGGCCGGGGUGCCCCCCGGCCGUGCCCCCCGCGGGUGCCGGGUCCCCGCUCCGCCGCGGCGGGGCGUGGCCGGGGCGGGGCCGGGCGGGGCGUGGCGGGCGGUGCCGGUGCCGCAGGGCUGUUGCGGCGCUGCGGCGGCGGCCGCUGAUUGGCUGCGGGCGGCGGUGACGUCAGCGGCCGGCCCGGUGCGGCGGCGGGAGCCUAUAAAGGAUGCGGCGGCGGCCGCGCCGCCCCCCGCGCUCCCGGUGCCGCUCCGCUCCGGUGCCGCUCCGCUCCCGGCCCCAGCCCGCUCCCGUCCCGCUCCGCUCCGGCCCGGCCGCACCAUGAGGGAGAUCGUUCACAUCCAGGCGGGGCAAUGCGGCAACCAGAUCGGCGCCAAGUUCUGGGAGGUGAUCAGCGACGAGCACGGCAUCGACCCCAGCGGCAACUACGUGGGGGACUCGGACCUGCAGCUUGAACGCAUCAGUGUCUACUACAAUGAGGCCUCUUCUCACAAGUACGUGCCGCGCGCCAUCCUGGUGGACCUGGAGCCGGGGACGAUGGACAGCGUGCGCUCGGGUGCCUUCGGCCACCUCUUCCGCCCUGACAACUUCAUCUUUGGGCAGAGCGGUGCCGGGAACAACUGGGCAAAGGGGCACUACACGGAGGGGGCCGAGCUGGUGGACUCGGUGCUGGAUGUGGUGCGGAAGGAGUGUGAGAACUGCGACUGCCUGCAGGGCUUCCAGCUGACCCACUCGCUGGGCGGGGGCACCGGCUCGGGCAUGGGCACGCUGCUGAUCAGCAAGGUGCGGGAGGAGUACCCCGACCGCAUCAUGAACACCUUCAGCGUGGUGCCGUCCCCCAAGGUGUCGGACACGGUGGUGGAGCCCUACAACGCCACGCUCUCCAUCCACCAGCUGGUGGAGAACACGGACGAGACGUACUGCAUCGACAACGAGGCGCUCUACGACAUCUGCUUCCGCACCCUCAAACUGGCCACCCCCACCUACGGCGACCUCAACCACCUUGUCUCGGCCACCAUGAGCGGCGUCACCACCUCCCUGCGCUUCCCCGGCCAGCUCAACGCCGACCUGCGCAAGCUGGCCGUCAACAUGGUGCCCUUCCCGCGGCUGCACUUCUUCAUGCCCGGCUUCGCCCCGCUGACAGCACGUGGCAGCCAGCAGUACCGCGCCCUCACCGUGCCCGAGCUCACCCAGCAGAUGUUUGAUGCCAAGAACAUGAUGGCCGCCUGUGACCCCCGCCAUGGCCGCUACCUCACCGUGGCCACCGUCUUCCGUGGCCGCAUGUCCAUGAAGGAGGUGGAUGAACAGAUGUUGGCCAUCCAGAGCAAGAACAGCUCCUACUUUGUGGAGUGGAUCCCCAACAAUGUCAAGGUGGCCGUGUGUGACAUCCCGCCACGGGGGCUGAAGAUGUCCUCCACCUUCAUCGGGAACAGCACGGCCAUCCAGGAGCUCUUCAAGCGCAUCUCGGAGCAGUUCACAGCCAUGUUCCGCCGCAAGGCCUUCCUGCACUGGUACACGGGCGAGGGGAUGGACGAGAUGGAGUUCACCGAGGCUGAGAGCAACAUGAAUGACCUGGUGUCCGAGUACCAGCAGUACCAGGACGCCACGGCCGAGGAGGAGGGUGAGAUGUACGAGGACGACGAGGAGGAGUCGGAGGCGCAGGGCGCCAAGUGACGCCCGCCGCCCCCAGCACUGCCCGCAGCCCCCCGGCUUUGCGCUGCUGCAGCCCCCAGGUGCUGCUCCCCCCGCCAUCCCCUCAGUGUCUCCUGACCCCAGCCCCCCCUGAGCCGGCUCGGCCCCUCGCCCCCUUCCUACCUCCCCCCUUUUCAUUUUUUACUGGUUCGUGUCUUAUUAUUUUUUUUUGAAUACUUAAUAAAUUUAUUGCUGUCCAGGUA